GGUUGGUUUCAAGAGUUAUCUGAAAGGCAAGGCGGCCUCCAUAACUGCUUAUUUUCUUUUCUUUUGAAACUGUCAUUGUCUUCCCAACAUCUAGGCUUAUGAUCAUAUGGGUAAGCUUAGAUCAUACAUUCUGUCUACUCUAUCCAGACCAGAAUCAUACAAUCAAAGACAUACAGAGUCAACUAGGUAAUAUAAGUGAGCAGAGAUGGGCUGGAGUAAGGUCCAUGGAGGACUGCAACUAAACGGGUACAUCUUGUCUGGAGUUGGACUAAGUCAUUGUGAAGCUUGAAGUCAGAUUUUCUUAGUGUGUUAUUUAUACACCCUCCUGGCAUAUGAGUGACAGGAAAGUCAAAGUCAUUGACUCUCUAAUAUUUAUUGAGCACCUUCAAAUACUUUUUGAGUAUCUACUAUUAUUGGGCACCUACAAACACUUAUUGACCAUGUGCCAAGCACAGUGCCUAGCAAGUUCUUCUUUUCUAAUCAAAUCAACAGGUUGGACAUCCCUACCCAAGGCUCAAAUGGUAACAAGUCCAUGCCUUACUUGUGUCAGUUCUCUUAUUGAAAGAGCAUCUCCUAACCAUCCUACCAAUAACGGUCUUACUCUGUUGCUCUGGCUGGAGUGCAGUGGCCCAAUCAUAGCUCACUGCAGCCUUGACUUCCCAGCCUCAGUUGAUCCUCCUACCUUAAUCUCCCGAGUAGCUGGGACUGCAGGUUCACUUAUACUAAGAUUUUCUUCUGCCUCUGCCAACCCUGAGACAGCAAGACCAAUUCCUCCUCUUCCCUGUCCUCCUCCUCGCCUACUCCACAUGAAGACGACAAGGAUGAAGACCUUCAUGAUGAUCCAUUUCCACUUAAUGAACAAACUUUGGGAAAUUAUUCAAGAAGAGAGGCAUGGUGGUAUGCUGGAAAGUCUGCUGAGCUUGAAAGUAGGUAACCCAGGCUCCUGUUCCUGUUCUCAUUGA